AUUUCUCUUCUCAUAGGUUCAACUUCUUCUUCUUGUUUGGAGACUCACUGAUGAUGAUGAUUAUCAAAACCCUUUAUCUUCUUUGAUUUUUCGAUUUCAGAGAUCUCAAAUCCCAAAUCAAGCCGACGAAUUUAUUAGGCUGCAGGAACACCCAGCUUCUGUUGAUUCCACUUUAGAAUUGAGAGAAUUUGUUGUUGAUUAGUAUGUUUCGCAAGUGGUGAAAAAUGGUUUAGCUUGGUGGAAGAAGUACUUCAUGGCCCCAUGUUGAUAUUUGGAUUUCAAGCUUAUCUAAUUGAGCAGUUACUUAUUUCUUUAUAUGCCAUUUUCGUUGAACUUCAAUUUUUGGUCAAUAUUCAUAUAUGUGUAGCUGUAGUUGGUACUGUGUUGACAUAUAGAGUGCUCUUACUCAGUUUUUAGUGUAAUGUAUUCCAUCCACUUCUACUGAUAGGCUUUAUCAGGGGCAGUCAAGCAGUCAAACAUAGUGAAGAGAGUGCAGUUGGUAAUCAAGAAUUGAGUCUAAAUCAGUUGGAAGCUAGGGUUAUGCAGCUUAGAAUGAAAGGAAAGGAAAGCACGACGACGCAGAGAAACUUACGCCAACAGUGAUUCACUCUAGAGCUCGUGCUCGUCGUAGGAAUGAAGCUAAGGCCAAAGGUCGUCACUCUGGUUAUGGUAAGAAGAAGGGUACCAAAUAAGCUAGGUUUCCUACCAAGUAUCUGGAUGAAGAGGAUGCGUAUACUCGGUAGGUUGCUCUGUAAGUGCAGGGAGGCAGGAUUCCUGAGGGUAAAGGGGGUCCAUCUUAUGGCUGUCGUGCCAAAGUGGUUCUUGCAUUCGAGUAAAAGAAAUCUUCAAAGAUUGGAGUUAGGUUUGAUAAAUCAAUUCAUGACGGUAAUGAGUUGGAUGGCCUUUGCGAAGAAGACCGUGGAUUCUUUUGUGCUGGCGAUGCGCUUUGGUCAAACAGUUCAGCAAGUGAUGACGUUGACAAACUUGCUAUCAGUGAACUGUUUGUGGACAGAUGUAUGGCUUACCACCAGAAGUAGAAGCUCUCCCUCCCAUGCCAGAGGAUGGUGGUCACUGAUCUGCAUUGCAUAAUUGGCUGCAGCCAACCCGUUCCUUUGUAGAAUUUGUCAUGUUUUCAAGAUAGAAUAUAGAUACGUCUUUGCUUCAUCUCACUAAACAUUUGGAUGCCAUAUGCAUGUGUAAAUUGACAACUUUUUGUAUCGAAUCUGCAGGAUGUACAAAGGCUGCAAAAAUUCACCACCUUAGAGCAUGAAUUAUUUCUGAAUUUGUACUAGUUGCUCGAAAUGCUAAAACCUGCCCAGUUUACAAGUUAGAGUAAUUGAUAGUCGUGGUUAAAGUUGUCAACCUACAACGAAGCUGCAAGAACCCCAGACUUUCCAGACUUAUCUCAAAAAGAGCUAAGAACCAUACAAUUUUCAUUUUUCUCGUGAGGAUGUACAAUGUGAGUUCUUUUUUCUUUAAAUCAUUUUGUAAGAUUACCUUGAUAUGAUACUGAAUUCAUAGAUUCUCCCAAAUGAUAAUCCUUCAUUUUGAUU